ACAAAAACAUCAAAGCGGCUUUGGCCUCCAGCCCUCCACCGCGAGGUAGUCUGACAGUCAGGUGAGCUCUGAUUCGCUGCACCGCCCUGCCGCGCGCUCUUCUCACAGGCGCUCGCCCUGUUCGUCCAAAGCGGCGGCGGACAGCACGGGACUUGAGUGCGCGAUGCCCUGCGGAGCGUGUCCACUGUCCUCCACGGCUCUGGGACUUCGGGUGCUCCUCGUCUACGUACUUGGCACAGCACAUAAGCCGUCAGUGGGUUUAGCGCAAAACCACAGCAGCAGAACCUCGCAGUGUAAAGACGACAUGACAGACUUGCACCAAGGUUACGCUGGACCAACAGGAUGGGUCAUCUGUGCUGACCUUUACCAGAAUGUGCGGCUCUCUGUCCAGCAGUCAGUGGGCCAAAACAGUGUGAACAUCGAGUGGAAGAACAUCCAGAAUCAAGUGGUAAUCACAAAGAUGUUUCUGAAUCACAAUGCUUCAUAUUUUGGGAAGUACCAAGGGAGAGUGAGCUGUGAUGCCCAGUGCAACAGUCUCUGUUUACAAAACUUCACGCAAGCAGAUGAAGGCAACUAUGAGAGGACAGAAACACCCAAAGAUGGGACUCAACACAAGUGGACAGUCCAUCUCUUCAUGCUGCGGUCUCCCGUAGGACUAAAUAUUUCUGUUCCAUCCAAGAACAGCUCUGAUGCCGAGCUGACGCUACACUGCCAGGCCCAGGAGGGAACGUGCCUCUCCUAUUGGUGGCUGAAAGACGGCAAGCCCCUCCCCCUGGACGGCCGCCACCAGCUGUCCCGGUGGAACCAGACUCUGAAGAUUGUGAACGUCACUGGAGAGGACUGUGUGAAUUACACUUGUGAAGGUGCAAACCGCCUUGGCUUAGUAGCAGCCUGGCGAGUACUUUCAGAUAAGAACUCCAGCGCUUGUGCCAAAGCAACCUUCUCAGCCACCCGUACGCUGGCAAUAUCAGUGGGGAUCAUCUGCCUUCUGGGCUUCUGCCUUAUCAUCUACUGCGCCCAUCGCCACCGUCAGGCCAUCUACAGUUGGAUCAGAGGACAACAAAAGGAAGAAAAUACGUACAUGGAGGUAGUCGACACAGAUUUGGACCCCCGAUGCCCCAAUACGCAUCACACACCAGGGGAAGGGGAAGACCCAUAUAACGGACAGGAACUUGAUCAGACCUCAAGAGCUUCUGUGAUGGUCCAAUAUGUCUACGCAGAUAUUCUUCCUCCAAGGGAGAAUGGAUGCAUUCACAGGAUCAACGGGGACCUCAAUGACUCCGUUUACUCUACCAUCAUAUCCGAGAGUUCGCUCCGCACCAUAAGGGACAACACUUGGCAGCAGAGCUCCAGAGAAGCCCUUUAGGUGUGGUGACUCUGACAGGACUCCUCUAUCAUGCAGGGCAGGCUGAUGCCAUCAAUGCCAAGUUGAUGGUAAUCUUGGGAAGAAUUAUAGGAAAUUGGAGCCUAGCAGCUCAACCUCAAACCCUUUGGCUUCAUUUUGUUGAAGCAGGAAGACAGCCGCUGGGGUCACCAACACCAACACCAACUCAGUAGGCGUCCAUAUGCCAGGCCAGUUCAUUUAAUGACCCAAACAGUCAGCACUUCUAGGAAUGUCACACCCAUCCAUGCUGGAGAGUCCAGCAGGGUUUGUGGUGCUAGCAGAGCGGCGACAUUGUGGCGAUGGAGUGAACUUCCACUGCCGCACAUUGUGGAACAUUCAGUGCAGCUUCGACAGCUAACAAUAAAGACAAAUAUGAGAAGGCACGAGGCGUCUCGGAUUAUUUUUUUUAAUUAUACAUAAUUGUGGGUUUGGUUUCUCACGUCUCCUGGUCGCUGAUGGAUUUCCUGUUCGCAGACGACGAGCGCUCUUCGUGAAGCUUCAAUAUGCACGUGCGCCGUCUUAUUCAAGCGUAACUCCUCUCCAUCGGUUUGGAAACUACAGCAGCCCAGCCCGAGAGCUGGCACCCAGCAAGACAAUGGUGGACAGGCACCGCCGGGGCGCGACCCCCGGCAGACGGGGGAUUCUUCUAGUCGCGCUUCUGGGUAAGUCCGCGCCCAUGGCUCACCCAAAUGCAUGCCGAUCUGACGACCGAGCGAUCGAAGUUAGGUGGACGAGGCGGACAGUUUUGCAGCUGUGAAAAUGGAAAGAAUUGCA